AUGAGGAUUGCUUUCCUGGCAUGUGUUACGGUUGUGUGUUUCUCCAUGUUGAUAGGUGCCGCAGCACCUCCUAAUGGUGGUGCAGACAACUCUAGAGCAUCCAUCAAAAACCAGCCUAAUCAGAAGUUACCUACUCCAGAUGAAGUCCAGAAUCCAGAUGAUGUAAACACAGGUCAUAACCCGCCGGCAGCGAAAACGAUAAAUGAUGCUUCAAAACCACAAGGCACAAACCCUAAAGAAGGUACAGGGGGUGUGCAAGAUUUGUCUAAAGAUUCCAAGGGCGACACAGGUCAGGUAAAUGGAGACUCAAAAGGAGAUAUCGGACAAGAAAAGGACAAGAAGGGUGACAAUUCCAAAGAGGAUAGAUCAGAAGAGCAAAAGCACAGAUCUCAAAAGUCAGAAGAAGACACUGCAGCUGCAAAUAAACCUAAUGACAACGCUGCACAGGGCACAAAAACCGAAAAAUAUCCAGCUACUGAAAAAGCAGAACCUGAAAACAAUUCUAAUAAAGACCCUCCAGGGAAGGAAACCUCAACAGAGCCGCAAGAGGAGAAAGGAAAAGAAUCUGCAAAUAAAGGAAAUUCCGAGACAGAAGAAGAAAGAGAUGACAAAUCAAAAGCUCAUAGCAAUGUGCCACAAUUGGGAGAACCGGGCAGUCAGGCAAAAUCUGGAGGAGAUGGAGGCACAAAAAAGAAAAUAGAAGACAACCAUCAGGAUAAGUUACCUGGUGGAAGUGACGAGGUAGAAAGCAGUCAUUUCUUUGCAUACCUUGUUUCUACAGCAGUGGUGGUUGCAGUGCUUUACAUCGCUUACCACAACAAGCGCAAGAUAAUAGCCUUUGUUCUGGAAGGAAAGAGAUCAAGAUCUCGUCGUCCAAAAUCCACAGACUAUCAAAAGUUGGAACAGCAGGUAAGUUUUUUUUUCAAUUUGUUCUCCUUUGGUUAA